AUGCACCACUCCGUCGCCUGCUUUAGUUCAAUCCCAGUCUCAGGGUCCCCGCAUCGUCGUCGUCGUCGUCGUCCUCCUCAUUGCCACUCCUCCCGUCCCGUUGCCUCAUGUCCUCCUACCCGGCCGAUGCGUCCAUUCCUACGCGCGAGAUCCUCUUCGAAGCCCGACCCCCACGCACUCGAGCUCUCUCAGAGUCUCGCCAUCUCCGAUCGAGUCCUCGGAGAUCGAAACCGCUUACAGACUAGACGGCACGAAUUGAGUGAUCGAGCCAGCGUGCCUGCCUGCCUGCCUCGACGCAGAGUCCAUUGUCGUGAUUUGGUGAUGGAAAGGAAUGAGAGAAGGAACGGAACCAAGUGUAGGGACCAGCAAAUCCAGACAGGACAAGAACCAUUCCCUUCACUGCCCAUCAACUCAAGGAGUUUACCCGUCCCCUACAUACAUAGCCCGGCCCAGUAUCUUCCCGUCCAGUCCCGUCAAACACUUUCUUCAUACUUCGUUCCUUCCGUCCAUCCCAGGCGUACUGUGCGUCCGCGCCAGGCGGGCACGCAGGGCAAUAUUUGGCCUUUUCUUCCUUAUGAUUGUGGCUUUACGUGGCCGUUUGACCGUACGCAAGUCAUUGAGCAGAACGCAGUUUUGUGGGACAAGCGGUCAAAAGGAAUUUCGCCCCGGCCCGGGACGGCGACAGGCACUGGCCCGAUGACCCUUUUGUAUGACGUACAUGCGCGUGCCCUUUAG